CCCCAAUCAGGUGUGUACCGAGUAUAACUUCUCCUCAUAUCUGUGUUUUCACUCUUUCCCAGCUCCAUCUGGUGGCCCUGAACGCCCCGCUGAAGGGGGACAUGCGUGGCAUCCGGGGGGCCGACUUCCAGUGCUACCAGCAGGCCCGCUCCAUGGGGCUGACCACCACCUACCGGGCCUUCCUGUCCUCACACCUGCAGGACCUGGCGACCAUCGUGAGGAAGGCCGACCGCACUGACAUGCCCGUGGUUAACCUCAGGGGUGAGGUGUUGUUCAGUAGUUGGAUGUCCAUCUUCUCUGGGAAUGGAGGCACUUUUACCCCGUCCACACCCAUCUACUCCUUCGAUGGACGCGAUGUGAUGACUGACUCAGCAUGGCCAGAGAAGCAGGUUUGGCACGGCUCCAACACGGUGGGCAUCCGCCUCACCUCCAACUACUGCGAGGCGUGGAGGACGGGAGAUAUGGCGGUGACGGGCCAGGCUGCUCUGCUGCAGACGGGACGCCUGCUGGGGCAGCACACGCGCUCCUGCUCCAACCACUACAUCGUGCUGUGCAUAGAGAACACAUACGUGGGGAAAACGCAUCAAAAGAGGACCUGAAGAACACACACAUGCAGGCGUGCUGAAAGUGAAGAGUAGAACAUGUGACUAAGUUCACAUGCAUUUGAAUUGAAAUGGAAAACACAUGCAGGCACAUAUAUGAAGACAUAUCACUGCAUAUAAAUGACAGACAGAAGGCACUUUUUGUUAAUGCGUUCAGAAAAUAUACACCCACGUUGACACGCAGCAGGCGCCUAAUGAAAACACACAUUUGAGUUUCUUUCACUAUGUUUAGGUUUGUCUUUAGUGCCAAUGUUUAACCCAACAUGCGUCAGUCCCAAGUUAGAUUUUAAUUAACUAAACUUUUUUUAAUGACAGCAUCACACAGGACAUUGAUAUUAACAGUAUGUGUUGUUAAAGUGAGGAAUGACUCGGGAUAUCAGGCACUGACACAGACUGAUCUGAGCACAGCUGAAUAACUGAACCAUUACUGUGCAGGUUCUGUUUUAAUAAUAAUAAUAAUAAUACAUUACAUUUAUAAAGUGCUUUUUUUAAGGAAUACUUCACCCACAAACUGUCUACUUGUAUAUCAGUUACUCACCCUGUUAAUUAAAAUUCUUGAAGAAAAUAAAUCUUACAUGCCUACAUGGUGAACAAAGAAUAAGAAAACAAAAAAAAUUAUUGAUGAAUGGAAUUAAAUGUGGGCGGCAUUUAACAAAAAUUAUUCAAGGUAACACAGGGUGAGUUACAGAUGAAGAAAUGGCCAUUUUGUGGCUGAGGUACUCCUUUAACUAAAAAAUUAUAAUUGUUGCUUAUCAUUUUCAGAAUUAUAGAUCUUUUUUUGUAUUUUCCCUACAGUUCAAUACAGUCAACAAACCCCAUGAAUGAAAAUAUCAACAACAGCUGGUCCCUUUAGUUUUUAGCAAACUUCAUGCGAACAAGAGGAAAUAGUGCAUUUGUUUGGGACUAUUUUCAGUGGUGGAUUUACACACAUUUGGCUAUCUACCGUCUAAUUUUUGGCAGCAGGACAGCGUAAAUGGGAUUGAGUUGAAAUAAACUACAGUGUGUGUGUUCAUGGUAAUAUAGGAACCCAGUGAAAGUUCAUAAUUAAUAAGAUCAAUCAAUUGUUAGUGUUGGUCUUUAAAUAGGAUGUGGUAACACAGAGAAAAAUAUAGAUUAUCACCAGAUUUACAGUAUAAAUAUGAUGAGCACAAUGUGAACCGUUUGAGAAACAUACUGCACACAUGUAAUGACAUAUUUCUUUGUGUGUGAACCUCUAAUGUCAGUGACCAUGUCUUCCUGUCGUAUUUUAAAUGUUAAUUCACUGUAUGAAAAUGACUUCCUGCUAGCAAAGUCAACCAAUCACAGCAUCACUUCUUAUUCAUCCAUUUUAUUUUCAGGCCAAAAAACACUGGCUGGAUUUUGCCAAAAACAUUUUACCACUAGGAUCAUCUCUAUUUGUUAAAGCUGCGGAUUAUUAAAGCAACAUUCAAGACACUAUAAAACAGCCUACGGAAAAGGAUUAGAAAAUGUGGGGAUUUUUUGUUCUGAGAAAAAAGUCAGAAUUCUGAUAAACAGAGUCAGAAUUCUGACUUUUUCUCAGAUUUUUUGACAUCCCCACAUUUUCUCACAUCUGGCCCUUAUCCUCUUCCGUAAAAGCCUAAUAGGAAGUUGAGAACAAAUAUUCUGAAGAAAAAACUAAAUAGUUUUAAAAAAAUGUUUCAUCAGGAUGUUUAAUUAAGUUAGGGUUUUUUGUUUUGUCCGCAUUGUGGUUGACAGCGUAGUUGUAAUACUUAAUUUGCCCACUAAAGGCAGAAGCGCAUCACUACCUAAUGUUCUAAACAAGUCUAAAAGCGUCAGAUUAGCAUCAAUUAAAAUACAUUUCUAACCGAAAGAAAGACAUGAAGGUAAUCACUUGCUGACACUAUUUAAACAGUUAUAUUCUGAGGCCAAAUUUAUUCAAAAAAUGUGAGUUUAUUUAGGAUUUCGAAAGAUCAUCUUUUUUUUACCCAUUUUUAAAUCCUGAUCACAGGCUAGAGAACUUUUUUUUGCAUCUCAUGGCUUCCGUAGAAUAAGUCGAAAUUUGUCAUCUAGACUAAAAUGUAGGCGAGUACACAAAUAAUAUCAGAGACCUAAUCGCCCCCCCCCCCCAGGAAAAACUUGUUGACUUACUUUGAAUUGAUCAGUUAAUGCAUUACCAUUUAGCAUCUCUAUGCAAGUAUUAAAGCUUGAUUGUCUUUUACAAAUUCAAGUCCAAAGCAGCAAUUUUUUCUUCCUGUUUUCUUUCGUCCUGCUGCUUGCAAUAACUCAUUAAAAAGUAGUGUCAACACUAUCAGAGCUUUAGAGUCAAAAUCAUCAAUGUGUGAUUUUUGUAUUAAUUUAUACAGUAGCAGGACACAGUGGGAAAAUCUUGCGAGUUCACUUUCAGAUUUGUAUGAACUUGGAACAUGUGUAUGUACAGUAUAUGUAUGUUUGUUAUUGUUGUCUUAAUGUCUUUGUUUUUUACUCUGUAGAGGUAGGUUUUGUAUGACACACACUAAAUGAAGUAUUUCUCCCACCAAGCUUUAGAUGUAGUUCAAGAGUUUUGCCUGUAAAGAUGAAAGUGUUUGAUAUGAAAUGAAAAGUCCUUUUACUGAUGUCUGAUUUAUGAUUACAGUGCAAAAAAAACUUGAGUCUCUGAGGAAAGCGAACAAUUGUACUGCCUGGUGCUCACUGAAUAAAUGUUUCUUU